CUCCUUUUGUAUUUCAUUUCUGACUCAUUUUUAUCUCACUUUUUGAUCCUCUUACGUGCUGAGGAAGGCAUCAGCAUGUCAACAUCAAUCCAAAGUACAACACUAUAGCUCAUGAGCAUCUCCAAUGGUGCAAAUGGAGGGAAUUGCAAGCUGAGGUGGCAGCCAUGUGCAAUUGAAAAAGUGGAUGGCAUUGAUGCAAGACCACUUUCAAGGGAUGAAAAUUUGCACACCAUGAAAAUCUGACAUGCAAUUGCAAGUGGGUCCUUUGUUUGUUUUUGUUUUUCUUUCUUCUUUUCCCAACCAUUUGUGUGGUAUUAAAAUGUAAGUGGGACCCAGAAGUGCAAUUGCAUUGGAAUGGCAUUGAUGUAUCUAGUAUGAAAUUGAUGAGUGAAGUAAUUGCUAGAGUUGCUUAGGUGGCAGUAGGGACCACACUUGAAAGUGAAGAAGGAUUGCAUUGUUGGAGAUGCUCUAAUGUCCUACCAUAUGAAAGAAGGUUAAGUGACAAAUCUUAAAAACGUGGGCGUCAAUCCAAUAUACAAACAUAAGGUCCUAAAUCAUAUGUUUCCUUGAAUAUUGAAAUAAGUUAUUUGUAAAGCCGUGGUGCACUGUUCGCCUAAACACAAAAUUACUAUUCAUUUAGACUCAAAAUUAUUGUUCACCCUAUUUUGAUUGGUCCAUGGUCUGCAACUGGCCCCGCCUGUCUUUUUUUAUUGGCUGCGUGCUUCUCUCUGCCCCUUGCGGUUUUGUCCUCCGUUGUUGCUGUGAGUGUUGCGUUGCCCUCAGCUGAGCCCUAAUUCUCUCUUCGUUAUUUGUUUUUUUAAUUUUUAAUUUUUUAAUUUUCUUUCUAUGGUUCUCUGGUUCUCUUCGGAAUUGCGGGCAAUGAUGGGCGCGCCUUUCCUUACCCGCCCCUUUUCGUUCGAGUCUUGGGGAGAGCGACCCUCUUUGCUUUUGCCUUGGUAUCUGAAACCCGCCGCGCUUGCGCCGAGAAAUUUUUUGCCGCUUUUUGUGUUCUUUCUUUAUGACGGUUCUCCUAUUUCACAUUGGCCUUAUCUCUUUGCAGAAACACUGUUUCAGUUUCUUACGUACCUGUUCGCUAUUGGGCCGGUAACUGACGCGCGCCGCACUUGCACCUUCUAAUUCCUUCUCUCAUUUUUAUACGCUUCCUUUUUUUUACGCCAGCAGUUCAUCAUUAUCUUUCUCUUCUCUUUCUAUCAUUAUGUUCUCUUUCUGGGUAUUGUUUUCUCUCUCUUUAGUGUUCUUCGUCUCGGAGACCACGGAGUUAACGUUGCUUUGCAACCUCGGCGGCCCGCGCAAUGCGGCCGUUUCUUUGCGACUGCGACUGCUGCAUGUCUGGCCGGCGAAGUCUCCGGGGGAUAUCAGGAUUUACAAUUACUGUACUCUUUGGACCGACGAAACGGUAAGUCUCCAAAUCUUUGCGUCUAUAUUUUCAUGUUUCGUUCUGUGAUUGUCUCUGUAUUUUGUUUUUUAUCCGUUGUGGUGUGCUUUGUGCAUGGUACGUUGAUUCGUGGCGUUUCGCCAACUUCAAUGGCUGCUGGGAUCCGUCGUAACCUUUCUGUUGGCAAGAUAUAUGUCAUAAAGUCCUUUGGUUUGAGCAACCCGCCGAAUCAGUAUCGCCCAUGUUCCUUUGAUUUGGCUUUGGGUCUUUUGCCCUCGACUUCUUUCCAAGCCUGUAGUCUUCCUGCUGAGAGUUUCACGGUUGAUGCGUACGAGUUUGUGCCUUUCUCCCAGUUAAAUACGCGUGAUGGUAAUCACCGUUACUUGACAGAUGUCGUUGGUCAGCUCAAUUCAAUCAGCGGGAUAUCGCAUAAAAUCACUAAUAACGGCCCCGCAGUCAAGCAGACGGUUAUCAUCGAGGAUGAAAGCGGGGCGAAAGUCACUAUCACACUCUGGGAUGAGUUUUCUGCAGUGUUGGACCACGUUGCUCUCACUCAGGCUGACUCGAUUGAAGCUGUGAUUCUUGCAUUUGGCGGCCUGCUGGUUAAUAAGUUGGGAGGUAUAUUUUUCCACUGAUUGCAUGUAUCUUUUAUGGGGUUCUGCGAGAAACAUUGGUAUGACAUUAUAUUUUCCACUUAAGACUCCACAUUCUGACCUUGGUUAACUCAAAUCAUUAAUCUCAAUUAAUAAACAUAAGCCCAUCUUUUAAAUAACCUCUUUUUCCUAUUAAAAUUAAUCAUAUAUAAUUUUUAAACCGAGCCAAAAAAACUAAUAAUUCUGAUUUAUAAUUUUAUAAUAUCAACAAAUAAUCCUAGUUUCAUGAAAAAUUAUCAAAUCACCAAAACAACUUCGUACAUUAUUUUAAUUAAUUAAAACCAACAUUCGUUU